UCGUUUCUUUUAGUACUUUUUUUUAAGAACAACUGUCAGCCAUUAUUCUGGCCGGUUAGGGUUGUUUAAUUUAGGAUAACAUAGAUCCAGUUCCACUUAUAGUUUAAUUUCAUCCAUGACUUCUCUGCCGGACGAUGUUCAUGCCCACCUGCAACCCCCCUUUUCUUUCUUUCUUUCUUUCUUUAGGAUAACGUUUUAAUUUGUUCUUUAAACAUGAAAGCAUCACACUUUUUCUUUCCUCACUUUUUCGCUCAUGUGAUAACUGGUAAAAGGAACGGGAGAAAAGGAAGAAGGGCUGGUGAAGCCCAUGGAAGGCACAAGGCCUAUGCCAGAGAGAAGGGCAAGGCCUCAGGAGCACUUGAAUUGCCCGCGGUGCAACUCAACCAACACAAAGUUCUGUUACUACAACAACUACAGCCUCACCCAACCAAGAUAUUUUUGCAAGACUUGUAGAAGGUAUUGGACUGAAGGCGGCUCUCUCAGGAACGUUCCUGUUGGAGGAGGUUCAAGAAAGAACAAGAAAUUUACAGCAGCAUCAACAUCAUCAAAGAUUCCUGAUCUUAAUCCACCAAGCUUCUCACACUUUUCUUCUCAAAACAUUAAGUCCAAGGAAGGCCAAGAUCUUAAUCUGGCUUUCCCAGCUACAGAGAAGUAUCAUGGUGUUCCCCAAUAUCUUGAAGUGCCCAAAACUGAAGACAACAGGACCAAUCAUCAACAAAACUCUACUCCUUUUUCAGAUUUGGUGCUGAGGACUGGAAUUGCUUCAAGGGGUUUGAAUUCUUUUAUCCCACCACCAAUGCUCGAUUCAAAUACACUCUACUCAUCAGGGUACCCUUUCCAAGAAUUCAAACCCGCCUCUGCAGGUUUCUCUGUUGAUGGGCUGGGAAGUAGGUAUGGGGUUCAAGAGAAUGGUGGGAAGCUUUUGUUUCCUCUUGGAGAAUUGAAGCAGAUUUCAAGCGCAAAUGAAGUUGAGCAGAGUAAGGGACAAGGGAGUACUUCAACUGGAUAUUGGAGUGCAAUGUUAAAUGGAGGAUAUUGGUAAAUAAAAGGGACAAUGAGAGCAAGAAACUGAUUUUUCUUCUCUUGUCUUGUUUACUUGGUUUAUGGUUGUCCAGAACUAACAGUUAGAAUACAUAUGGUUCUUUGCCUUUUCUUUUUCAAUUCGCUCUUUGAAGCUAGUCAGUCACAGGAGGUGGGGUUCUAGAGGAUAGAAGAAAAGGUGAAUAUAGGGCUUGUGUUCUUUUUCCCUUUCCGUGGAAAACAUGGCCAGUAUUCAUAUAUUCUUCUGUCGUCAGAAGUAGGUGCAUGUAUCAGAAGUUUUGUAUGUUUUCAGGAAUUGGUUCUAAAGACUAUUGAGAGUUUGUAACAAAAAAAGCUUUUGCUUAGUUGGAAUUGAAUAUGAUGGCUUUGUGCUCUUUCCAACUUUUA